GGGUCUAAGGGGCAGAGGAGCCCUCACCUCCCGUUGUCCGGCUCCUUUCCUCUUCCACCCUCCAACAACUACACCCCCGCCGCCGGCGUGACUCACCGUGCACGCGGUGUCCCUGACGUCGCGCGGUUACGCCUUGCAACAUGGCCGCUCCGUUGAGUAGUCGUUGUUGCGGAGCUGAGCAGUUCUCCUUGCGGAUGGGUUUUCAUUGUGACUAGACCAUGCCAAAUAUGAAGGAUGUGAAUUGGAUUUGUUGGACUUCGUGGCUUUAUGGACACUGCACGAUACAUGUCUGCGGCAAGUUACACUUAAAAGUCCACAACUACAAUAUAAUUUGGGAUCAUACCUAUCACAGAAAUUUGUCUUCAUGAAGAUUCCUGACAUUGGUGAUGUAAUGAAUAAAUUUGAAGUCCUUGGAAUUGUAGGUGAAGGAGCCUAUGGGGUGGUACUAAAAUGCAGGCACAAGGAAACCAAUGAAAUUGUGGCGAUCAAGAAGUUUAAGGACAGUGAAGAAAAUGAAGAAGUUAAGGAGACAACUUUAAGAGAGCUUAAAAUGCUCCGUACUCUAAAACAAGAAAAUAUUGUUGAACUUAAAGAGGCCUUUCGAAGAAGAGGAAAACUUUAUUUAGUAUUUGAAUAUGUGGAGAAGAAUAUGCUUGAAUUACUUGAAGAGAUGCCAAAUGGUGUUCAACCUGAAAAAGUACGAAACUACAUUUAUCAACUAAUCAAAGCAAUUCACUGGUGCCACAAGAAUGACAUUGUCCAUCGAGACAUAAAACCAGAAAACCUUUUAAUCAGCUACAAUGACAUGUUAAAGUUGUGUGAUUUUGGAUUUGCUCGGAACUUAUCAGAGGGCAGCAAUGCGAAUUACACAGAAUAUGUGGCCACUAGGUGGUAUCGUUCACCCGAGCUGCUGCUUGGAGCUCCAUAUGGAAAGGCUGUUGAUAUGUGGUCUGUGGGUUGCAUCCUUGGAGAGCUAAGUGAUGGACAGCCGCUUUUUCCAGGAGAAAGUGAAAUAGAUCAGCUUUACACAAUUCAGAGAGUAUUGGGACCGCUGCCUCCUGAGCAGAUGAAGCUGUUUUAUAGUAAUCCUCGCUUUCACGGCCUACGGUUCCCUGCUGUAAACCACCCUCAGACUCUGGACAGAAGAUAUUUGGGCGUUAUUAGUGGAGUUAUGUUAGACCUUAUGAAGAACUUGCUGAAGCUGAAUCCAUCUGAAAGAUACCUCACAGAACAAUGCUUAAAUCACACUGUAUUCCAGACCCAGAGGCUGUUGGACAGAUCUAGUGGCACUUCCCCAACACGGUUAAGUAAAAGAAAACCUCAUCAUGCAGAAAACAGAAAUCAUGGCAACAAAAGUACAUCUCAGUCAACUCGUUCAGUUAGCCGAGAUCAGCAGAACCUUACUGUCAAUUUUAAGCGAGCAGAUGACAGCACUCAGCAUGAUGGGUCUUCUAGUGAAAGCUCAGCUGCACUGAGCCCAAACCUUAUUCCCUUGCCAGACUUCCAGCAGACUAAACAAAAUCUCUCUAGCGGCAAGGAUUUAACCAACACUAACUUACCGCUUCUUCCCAGCCCACGUCUAAACUCCAAGGAAGCACAUUCUAAAUCUAAAGCUGACUUCCAGGUCGAUCAAAAGGGUGCAGAAGGUCCGGGUGCAAAAUACUUAAAACCCAAUACCAAAUCUCAGCAGAAUCGACACUCGUUUGUAGAAAUGCCACAAAGUAAAACUGGAACUCUACCAAUUGAAAAACCUAGCCGUCACAGUUACAUAGAACCAGUACAAGGCUCUGUCUCUCAGCCGUCAAAAAACCCAGCUGUUUUAACACCGUCCAAAACAUAUAGGACAUUGAGCGAUUCAAGGUCAGUUGGAAACCUUAGUGAAAUGAAAAUACAUGGGGAGGAUCAGACAUCCAGAUAUUUCCCUUCAAGCUGUUUGGAACUCAACGCUUCAAAUAAUACAACUGGACAAACAGAAAACAGGCCAAUGCAAAAUCCGUCUGCUACGGCCACGUCUAUAAGUAAAAGCCUGGAAUCCCGCAAAACAGCCACAAGACACUCAACAAAUGAAGAAGAGCUAAAGGUUCCUGCCAGUAUUGAAGGGGGUCAUUCACAUUCAGUAUCUGCUCCACAUGAGUCUUUUCCUUACGACUUAAAUUAUCCCAGUCCUUAUGCCUCCAAACCACGUUCGCAGAGACACUCUAUGUAUAUCCCAAGGAAACAAGUGUCUGAAAUUAGCUCUGGAGGUGUGGGACAGGGAAUGCCUGCUAGGACAAAUAGUUUGCAGAUGUUAUCUCCUCAAAUGCAACAUGCUCGGACCCCUCUCACGAGAGGUUCUGUGGGCUCCUCUCGUGAGGACUGUACAGAUAACCCUGGGCUGGAACAAUCCUUAUCAGAUGGAAAACAUAGCCGACCACCAAUCAAAGAUUCAACUAGGGAUAAUGCAAUGUCAUUCCACAGCCAUCAACAUCAGAUUGAGCCUGGAGGAUAUCAUGAUAUUCACUUAGAAGAUGGUCUGUCCACAAAAGAAAAUAAGUAUGUGUUUUCUGAUACAGUGCCCAGGGAUAGACGAGUACGAAGCUAUUAUGAAGACUAUUCUUCCUUGGAGGGCACAUUCAGUGAGAGAGGUCCAAUUAAUAUAUCAUUGGCCAGUAACUCCAAGUCAAAACACUCCAAAAGACAUACAGCUUUUGACCUUUGGAAAAGUACAGAGAAUCUUAACAUAAAUGCCCCUGAACAAACUAAGGAAAAGGGAAAGGGUUUCUUCAGAGCAAUAAAAAAGAAAAAGAAGAAAUCACAAACUACUGAAAACUACGGUGGAGAAAAUCCAACUAUCAGAAAAUCCCUUUUUCCUCUUUUUAGUGCAAAGAAUCAUUUAAAAAAUAUCUCUUCCUCCAGAGAACUGCCUGUAGUCAGUCUUCCCAUGAUGCCUAGUAGUGAUGGCCAUGAUCGUCUGGCAUUACAAAAGGCAUUACAUGCUAGCCAAAACAGAGGGAGAGACUGGCCCAUAGACAAGAUGGCAGAUGUUCAGCCUCAGAAACACCCUUUGAAAUCAUUGCGCAAAUUUUUGCAGUUACCUACUUCAUUCAGUCACUCUACUCCCUCGGAAGUACGGUUUCAACCUUUGCCAAAUCAGCCAGUCAAAUCAUCUCACAGUGAGGGUCGCAGCCAUGCAACGGGGCAGACUCCUAACAGCAAUACACAACAAGAUUCCCAGACAAAACCCAGAUCAACUUUCCAACUACCUGGGCAAAUGGAACCUGUCUGGCAUGUGCUGCCAAGUGGCCGGACUGGAAUUGAUGGAACUAUGAACCCUGAGCGAAUGAUUUCAAAAUCAAGUCAAAAUGGGCAUUCUCUACAUUUAACCAGAACGGCACGUUCCAGAAUGCCAAAUUUAAAUGAUUUAAAAGAAACAGCACUGUAGUCAUUUUUCAUUUAAUAAUUCUGAAAAUGAAUACUACUUCUAUAUCAGAUGAAUAACCAGGUCCCUUUAAUAAACAUUACUGAUGUAAUGUUGGAAGCAAUUUUAAAAAAUCCUCAUCAUGACAGUAAUGCAAUACGCAAAAUUAUUUUAAACUGAGGUUUUGCAAAACAGCACCUAGUGACUGUGUAAUGAUGGCUAGCACCUGCAUUGAUUAUUAACAAAGCUCACAAUUCAUAUGGUGUUCAGGUUAUUCUGUAACAGUUCAAACAGUUUGUAGUUAUAACAAAUAAUAUAUUUGUACAUUGUCGGAACUGGAGUUUGUCCUGAUAUCCAUGAUUUCGUAGAGCACAAUGUUAUUGUGUACUUAAUGCACACUGUACUCACAAGCUGCUGAUGCUUUUCAGGCAUUUUGUACACUUUCUUCCUCAAACUGUAAUUUGCAUUAUAUUUAGGCAUAUGAUUAGUAGUAUUUCAGCAAAUAUACUGGUAAUUAUGUUUGGUGUGUGGUUAGUAGCUUGUCAAAGUUUGAUAAAAGGAUUUUAUUUUUGGUAUGUAGUAUAGAAUCUGUACAAACUACUUCAUGAAAAUGAUAUACAAAAAUAACAAAUAACAAAUUGUUAGAAAAUUGUAACCUGUCAUUAACAGAAAUGCAAAGCUCAAGUGGUUUAUCAAUGUAAGAUGUAGUAUUGGACCACAAUCAGGCCUGUUAUUUUGCAAUAUAUGCAAUUGAGAUUAUAUCAUUUUCAUUCUUUUGGAUAAUGUGAAGACUCUGCUUCGAACAAAUCAUAUGGCUUGAAAUGGGUAAAUUGAACUGUAGGGAUAUUUGAUUUUAGUUUACUGUGUUUUGUGGUAAGUAGUGAACUAGGUAUAUAUUGUAUACAGAAUAAAUGUUCAAAUGCACUCGACUCAAAUUAUAUAAACUGCAAAAGUACAGCUGGAAUCAAUUUUACAACAUCUAGAUCUUCUGGCAGGCAUUUUUCAGUAAUAUCAUAGUUUUUUUUAAAGUUGCUUUAUGUUCUUCACCCCCAUGAAUUUUGUGUUCUUCAUUAUCACCAUGACCGCUGAGUUUUUUGAUAUAGCUGCACUAAACUAGUUCCAUUUUUUUCCACCCUCAAAUAAUUUUGCAUGAUGAUAGAUUGAAGUAGUAGUGCAUUCAGUGCUUCCUCAGGAGGAUAUAUUGAUACAGUGGUUGUACAUAUGGUACACUCAUGCCCUUGAGCAUCCAAAUAUUUCACUGAUGGUGACUGUGAGCAGUGGCAGCUGGCCAUGUACCAGGAUUGAAACUAGGCUUACCAUUAGUUUGGUAAUUAUUGCUCUGACACUUAGAGCAUAAAAUGUGAAAUUUUAAUCUUCCCUGUAGAUCAAUCUGCAUCUGCCUCAUUAGGAAUUCCUUAUGAAGUUGCCAAGAAAGCAGACUUUGGUUUCAACUAAGGGUUUUAGACUGUGUGGUCAUUAUUCCAGCUGAUGUAUAUGCUGACCAUCAUGUCUUCUUAUAAACAUGCUCUUCAAAUGACUGGUACGUAUGUAUUUGGUGAAAAUUGGGCACACCUUCAAAGCAGGAGAAUGCCAUCUUCGCUGUCAGCCACACAUAAUUUUCUGUGGGAACUCAAGUCCAGCAGGCAGAAAAAUAAGUCAUGACCCUCAGAAUUUGUCUUCUCUGACAGGAAAAAUUGCACCACAUCAAAAUUUUAUUUUUGCUGGAUUAUGAUCGUGCUUAUAUUUACUUUAUUGUAGGUUGUGUUCUGUUAUGUUAGAAGACGUUAUUUUCAUGUAAUUUUGCAUUUCCAGCAUCUGACACCUGCAUCUUUUGCCUGUGCCUUAUCUUGUGCCUGUUUGCUUUUUAAUGUUAACCUUCCCUUGUGCAAUGAUCCCUCAAACAGAAAUAUACACUUUUUUUUCCAAAACAGAAAACAGUCGCAACAAAGAAAAAAUACAGGUUUAUACAAAAUCCUGGUUUAAAUCUGGCCUUCAAAAUGGGCAAGCACUUAGACCUUAAUCAGAUUUGUAAUUCAUCCUGCAUCAUGCACAAGUGACCAAAGUCACCUUUUUAUGAUUUUUAAAUGAAAUAGUUAAAUUCAGAUCUUGAGCAGAGUCUAAGGAUUUGCUUUUUACUUCACAUUUUCUGUUUUAGACUAUAAUAUCAUCUUGAUUAAGUGCCAAUGUAGGAACAACCAAUAAAUCUGUAUAAAGGUAUGCCACUUUUAUUUUUUGACAUCUGUUUUUCCCUCGAAUAUGCAAAUUAGAUGCAUGACAGGAGAGGAGUGUAACAAACUAAACUUAUUCAUUGAAACCCUCAAGUUGUCCAAGCAAGUUUACAGCAGUUUCAGUAACCAAUCAUUCAUGAGAUUGUGACUAUGUUUGAUUCUCAUUCCCCAGUCUUAAUCCCUUUUAGAAAGUUUAAUUGUAAUUGUCACAAAUUAUACAAUAUGUCAUCAAUUUUCCAGUUGGGCAUGAAGCCAGUUAUUGAAGAAAAACUGUGACUGAGAUUCAUCAAGGAAAUUUUGCAGUGUUUACAAACAAUAAUUACAUAUUCAGCUGACCAAAUUAAACUUCUGCAUUUAUAGAAAAAACAAAAGUACAGAAUACGUAGUUGACAUGUUAUUAAGGUUUCUGCUGUUUAGCUAAGAGUGUUGGUGGCAACAUGAAUUUGACCUUGCUGCCCUCCUACUAGGAAUGGGUUCCAUUAUUCUGAAGCAAACUCAUCAAAUGAAUGAUAAAAAUUACAUACUCUCUGUAACUCGCCCAUUAAUAAAUGAUGAGUCAGUAGCAGCAAAAAUGUACACUAGAUUUUAAGCAUAUUUUAUGACAUUGUGGACUCCAUUAAUAAAUAGGUUUUUCAAAACCAGUCGUAUAUCUGCCUUUUUUUAAUAAAUGGUAAAGGUAGUGUUCCCACCAAAUCACAACAGUCUUUACGAAUGAGAUUUGAUUUGUAACUUCAUUCCAAGCCUUGCAAUAGCUCAAAAUAAUUUAGUAAUCUCAAGAUUCAUAUAUUCCAAAUAUCCCAUUGGCAAAAGGCACUAAAUUUGUGGCAUGCAGACACUUAUGCAAAAUGCAUGUUUAACUAAUUACAUUACACAAUACUUUUCCAUGAAAAUAGUGCCUUGUUGGUUUGCAGCUAAAUUUGCACUAUUGUAAGAUGUCUUUCACUGGUACCUUGCCUGAUUUGAGAGAUUUCUGCAACUUCUGUAUCAACAUCUUUUCCAGGCAAGACUGUUUUGUGACAUGGUUUUUCUUGCAGUUAUACCAAUACUUAGCAAUCUUGCUAGACAUUUCUGUUCCUUCCUGCUGCUGACUAAUAUUCUUCUUUUAUGAUUAUUACAUGAUCUGGCUAGUCAAGCUGCCUUGACUUCUCACUGACUAUACUUCUCACAAAGUCUUCUAUGUCAUGUGUUCAAAGUACUGCGGAGAUGAAUAAUUUUUAAUGAAUAUUUAUAUGAAAGCUAUUGAUGAACAUGAUACUUUCAUGAGCUAGAAUAUUCAGAAGAGGGGACGUUUUAAUAUUACCUUCAGUGAGCAGGUAUUGAGUGGUUUUUACCAUUGACAUUGUCGUUGAUAGGAAGUUUCCAUUUCUUGUGAACAACAUUGACACAAAUUCCCAUUUUGAAAUGUGCUUUAUAUGUAUUACGACAAGUGUCACAUUUUGAUUUGUCAAAUUUGUGUUUUUGAAUGUCAUCGCACACAAAGGUCAGAUGGUCAGGUUCAGUAUUAAUGUGAUCAGUUACAGAUUUCAAUGUCUUCAACAGCUUCAAUGUAAAACAGGCAUUAAGUUUGAAACAGGCUGCUGUUAUAUUCUGCAGAAUUUUAAGUUUAAAAUUUCACUUCCUGUUACUUUCAGUGUUAUAAUUUUUUUAAAUAUCUGCACACUUCCUCUUAUCAAACCUUACAUGGAAAGGUCAAUUUUCAAUGUUAAAACUUAGAGGAAAAAAAGAAGUUGUUACAAAAAACAACUAAAAUGCUGAUACUUUUAUGCCACAUUUUUAAAACAGCUUUUAUAUAAUGCUCAUUGAUUAUAAACCCAGGGUCCAAAUAAUUCAGCAGAAUAUAAACCAGCAGGUGUGAUUAGUGUUAAUGUAUAUAUUUGUCUAAAGAUGUGUUUUAUGCAUGCAGAUCUCAAUACUUUUACUCAAUACAGGUUUGAAUGGGUGUAAAACAUAUGUAUUCUCUGCUAAAUCUUAAUACAUAUCUACAGGAUUAGAAAUUGUGGUUAGGGUACUUAUUAACAGGGGAAAGCCUAAUAAAUGCACAUUGCUAUUGAAUAUAUUUCUGAUAAGACAAUAUUACAGGUGUACAAAAAUAUGGGGAAAAAGUUGACUUGAGAGUAUAUAUGUAAUUCUGACAAGUGUUUAAUGCCUAUAGUCAUAACUGAAAUUAUAUUUUAGGCAGUUAUGCACUUUUUCUAAAAAUGUGCACAUAUUUUCAAGUAUUCAGGUCUCUGCUCACGUGAAGUCCUUGUUUUCCAGGAUUCUUUGACAACAUUUGUAGUUUCUCACAUAGUUACAUGUAUGUUUUGUUUCCCUUUAUUGCAGUUUUUCCCUUUUUUAAUGAUUGCAAAGUAUAAAGCAUUUGUAAAUUGUUUAUAUAACAUUUAUAUGUUUGUAUAUUCAAUCCUUAUAGUGUGUUUUCCAUCUGUAUGUACAGCUAUUUUGUAAAUUUUAAUCAUACUGUUUGAGUUGUCACUGAAUAUUGGCAUGAAAUGGUUAAUUUUUACUAAGCACAAUGUAUUUUUGAAUGGACCUUGUAAAACAUGUCUUUAUAAAAAUGC